AAACUUCACCAGAAUGGCCAAAUAGCAAUGGGAAUAACUUCAUGGCGUUGGUGUGCUCGAUAACGUUAUUAGCGUGGCAUGUGAGCAGACGAGCCUGGGCACUGACUGUAAGGUCAUAUCGGGUAAAAACAGUCCUUCGGAUUGGCUCAGCGAGAGUUGGCGGUUAAAUCCAAAGCUGACAUUCUCUCAACUUCAACUCGGCUCUUAUAAUACUUCUGCACCUCAAGCGAAAAUCAAAGACAUGCAAAAUAGUAAGCAAGUCAUGGCAAAAUCUCCUAAAAAGAAGAAGCAAAUCUCUGCUCAAUAUCUCGAAGCCGACAAAAGAUGGACGGAGGGUUUGAUACUAGCUCAAAGCCCCUUCUGGGUCACCGCCGUGGCAUUUGUGAUGUUGAGUGGCAUAAUUAACAGCUGGAACGACGUUGAUUAUAUGCUCUUCUCUAUCACUGCUGCCUUGCCCUCGAUACUUCUUCCAGCACUCUUAUCAAAGCCCAGUGGUCGUCCAUGGUACCGCAGAUACUGGGUGAAGCUCAACCUAUGGGUAUCGAUCAUAGUCUUCAUGGGAUCAUACUUCAUCUCUCACUACUUCUUCGAUCUUAUGGGCAUGCGAUACAUGUUCAACAACAAAUUGAAUUUCAGCUCUGCUGUUGCUGGUAGAACGGGCGGAGAAGUUCCUUUGUUCUUGUAUCCGCUCACGCAUGCAUACUUUAUGAGUUACUUCACUUUCUUGUCGUUUGCAGAGCGGAAGAUUAUUCGUCGAUUACAACCUGGAUGUAUUGGACGAAUCUUUGUGGUGCUGGCUCUCUCAUACGUCGUUGCGUUCGGCGAAACAUUCUUCAUGGCAAGCCCUCUUCUCUCCGAAGUAUUUCUCUAUGACAAGAGAGAUCGCAUGAUGAAAGUAGGAACUUUUGGAUACAUGAUAUUCUUUGUCACUGGCUUGCCUAUGCUCGGACGCGUCGAUAGCCGUGGCGAAGAUUGGCCUCUCAGCAGAGUAGUCACGGAAGCUCUGGCUGCAUUCACGUGUAUACUGCUGUUGUUUGAGCUUUGGGCAAAGAUAAUUGGGCCUCUUUGAUGGUGUUUUCAUUAGCUGAGAUGUUGACAAACUGAAAUCCGGGGCAAUAUGGGGGAUGCGGGGUGAGAUCGGGGAUGUGGAGGAGUCGGCUCGACCAACGGACAGGGAUUUAUUGCCAACGGACUUCGGUUCGUUUUAUACGAAAAUCUGCAAUUGAGUUUAUUCGCCGGAAAUAAACUUCACAGCAUAGAUCUUGAUCGUGUUAACUAUAGAUUGCUAACCAAGACUAUAAUCAUUCUGUUCCAGUUAUGAUGGCAUAACUGAUGCCACACUCGGU